AUGACAACAACACUAAAACCUUACCUUUCAGUUGUAAAGCAUUCGUUGGAUGCUGCUAUCUGUAUAAGCCAGUUUUACUCGCAAGUAGUUGAACGUCACAGCAAACCAGAAAUAGAAAUGCAAACCAACAGAGAGUUAAUAUUGACUCCAAUGUUAAUCAGUCGUAAUGAGCGAGAACGUGUUUUUAUUGAAAGCUCUAUAAAUUCAAUACGGGUGAGUAUAGCAAUUAAACAAUGUGAUGAGAUUGAGCGAUUACUGUGUGAUAAAUUCACACGAUUCAUGAUGAAAAGAGCAGAAAAUUUUUUCAUUCUAAGAAGGAAACCAAUUGCUGGAUAUGACAUAACAUUCCUAAUCACUAACAUGCAUGUGGAACAGAUGUACAGAAAUAAACUUAUUGAUUUCAUUAUUCGAUUUAUGGAAGAAAUUGACAAAGAAAUCAGUGAAAUGAAGUUGGCAAUCAAUGCAAGAGCUAGAAUUUGUUCAGAAGAGUUUCUCAAACAUUUUUAA